CAUCCGGAAUGCUGGAAUGAGCUCAGCACCCCUCAAACUUGAGCCAAGCGAAAGCACGUGAUCGUGACCAGCGACAUUCGCAAUAUCCAAGCCCUGGCUCGCCUUGAGGAUGCGGGGAGGUGCCGCGCUGCUGCUGCUGACUGGUCAGGCAUUCGUCUUGGGAGGGCUUCGCUCCUCCACUCAGGACCGCACAGCGCGAGCAGCGACCUCCAUCGCGCAGCCACCGCCACCCACCGAUACGGCAGUGGACCAUAGGAAAUCGCCCUUCGCCCAGUGCUUGGUGGAGUACCGAAGGCUCGAUGGCUCGAUCCAUGGUGAGAGCUGGCUCUUCCACAUGGACGCGGCUUUCGAGGACAGCCAGAGGGCAGAAAAGAAGCCCAGCUUCCCUCGGCUGCUUCAGAAGAGCUCCCACAUUUGGGGUCGAAGCACAUCUGUGAGGUGUGUGCCCCUCAACUCCCUGAGCCACCUGGGGCCUUGCGCGGAGUGUGUGCGCCUCUUUGUGGGGGGUACCUAUGGCGGUGGCGUCAUUGUGCCAGCCAUCGACUAUUCGCAGCCCAGCAAAAGGGAUUGGCAUCCGGCAGAGUGCCUGGAGCUGCGCGUCUUUGGGCAGCCCCCAGUUGGGGACGACAUCACCGACACCGAGACAGGUGGCGGUAGCAUGGCGGGGCACGAGCAGCGCAUGAGCAGCUUCUGCCGAGUCGCCACAUUCUCUGAGUUGUGAGCCUCAGACUUGCAGCUGACAUAGCCCAGCUGAGUCGGCUAUCUGUAACCAGACCUGUGCUAAAUCUGCUCCGGUCCUAAUUGCCAAGUGUGGAC